AUGAACAAAAAACAGAAACACUGUGUAUAGAUAAGCUAAAUAUCAGGUGGCUUCUAAUAUACUUGAGUAUUUGCUUUGAGUACCUUCUCAGUUUUAAUAGUAUUUAAACAAUUACUUUAAUCAUGUAAGGACUGGGCCCAUGUCUCCAGAAGCAUCGACGGCGUCCCCAUGUCAAAGGGUCGUGGGAGGUGUUUGUUACACCACAAACGCAGUAAUUCUCCUGUGAAAGGCACCUCCUCCUUGGAUUGGACCCAAUACAGUAACCGUGAGCUUAUAAAACGCUGAAAGGACGCGCGGUGGCGGACAUCCUUCUCCACAGCGCGCACUCAUCCCGUCCCUUACUGUUCUGCUGACUGGCUGAGGCUUCGGCUGCUGAGGAAACAACUCUGAGAGAACACUGAGAGAACACUGAGAGAACGCAGAAAUGGAAAAAGAUGCGAGACCCAGUUGGGAGAACCCCAUGCAGUUUGUACUGGCGUGCGUAUCGUAUGCAGUUGGAUUGGGGAACGUGUGGCGGUUUCCAUACCUGUGCCAAAUGCACGGUGGAGGGGGAUUUUUGAUUCCAUACCUCAUCAUGCUGGUUCUGGAGGGUGUUCCCUUAUUCUACAUGGAGCUUGCUAUUGGUCAGAAGACGAGGCAAGGCAGCAUUGGUGCAUGGACUACCAUCAGCCCGUAUUUGGGAGGAGUGGGUCUUGCUAGUGUGGUGACAUCCCUGUAUCUGUGUCUGUAUUACAACAUCAUCAAUGCAUGGAGCUUCUGGUACCUCUUUCAUUCAUUUCAAUCAGUCCUACCCUGGGCAGAGUGCCCCAUCAAUCCCAACCUGACAGGACCUAUAGAGGAGUGUGAAAGGGCUUCACCCACCCAGUACUUCUUCUACAGGGAAACACUGAACAUCUCUUCUUCUAUUGAAGAGAAUGGAGGCAUUCAUACCGGCCAGGCACUAUGUCUUCUGCUUGCCUGGGUGAUUACCUACCUGUUCAUUGUACGAGGAGUGAAAUCAACGGGAAAGGUGGUGUACUUCACAGCUACAUUUCCAUAUGUGGUCCUCUUUAUCUACCUGAUCCGAGGCUUCACUCUUCACGGUGCCAUCAAUGGUGUAAAAUACAUGUUCACACCCAAGAUGGAACAGCUUGCCAACCCUACUACAUGGAUUAAUGCAGCCACUCAGAUCUUUUUCUCUCUGGGUUUGGGUUUUGGGUCACUGGUAGCUUUUGCCAGCUACAACCAGUACAACAACAACUUUGAACGCCAGGCUGUCAUUGUUUCCUUGAUCAACAGUGGAACCUCCAUCUUUGCCAGCAUUGUCACCUUUGCCAUUUAUGGGUUCAAGGCCACCUUCAACUACGAGAGAUGUCUAGAAAGGACAUGCUUACUGUUGCUGAAUACCUUUAAUCUCGCAGAGGACAGUAUCACCAUGGACAAUGUCUUUGAGUGGAUUGAGAAGCUAAACGCAACAUACCCGCAGCAGUUUGCUGAAGUGGCCAACAAACUGGAAACUUGUGACCUGGAGGGUGAACUAGAUACUGCAGUGGAGGGAACUGGUCUGGCCUUCAUAGUGUAUAGUGAAGCCAUUAAAAAUAUGCCAUUGUCUCAGGUGUGGUCGGUGCUGUAUUUCAUCAUGCUCUUGCUGCUGGGAAUGGGCAGCAUGCUGGGCAACGUCACUGCUAUUAUCACCCCACUACGAGACUUCAAGUUUCUGUCCCAAAUAAGCAACGAGUUGUUUAACGGUUUAGUGUGUUUGUUCUGUCUGCUGCUUGGCCUGGGCUUCACCACCACAUCAGGGAAUUACUGGUUUACAAUGUUCAAUGACUAUGGAGCCACAUUCUCCCUGCUUUUCAUUGUUCUCAUUGAGAUCAUUGCAGUCAGUUACAUCUAUGGAAUUAAAAGGUUUGAAAAAGACAUAGAGGACAUGCUCGGUCAUUGUCCCAACUGGUACUGGAAGAUCAUGUGGGCAGGAAUCAGUCCCCUUCUCCUUGUUGUUCUCUUCAUAUUCUACAUUGUCAACUACAUCCAGGGAGGAACACCCACCUACCAAGCAUGGAACAAAGAGCUGGGUAAAUCAGUGGUGAUGGAGUAUCCUGUCUUUGGUCAACUCUUCAUUGGCCUGCUAUUGGCGUCGUCAGUCAGCUGUGUUCCCCUCACAGCUCUCUAUGUCUUCUGCAAGAGGAAACAUGGAAACCAUCAUAAAAUGCAGGACAAUGUCUGCUUAGAGACCAAACAUUGACAGAUAUUAAUCUCCCACUAUCUUCUUCCUUCUAAGACACCUCCAUAUCUCUGUCCACCAGGUGAACACAGCAUGUCAUUUAUCAUCUCUUGGAUGGACAGUGGCACAUGAUCAGUGGUCAUUUGUGUUUGUGCUUCACUUUCACCAAAUUUCACAUUAUUGAAAUCAUUUUUGAGUUGUUCUCAACUCCCCUCUCUGGGGACAUAAAAUCAAGAUGAAAAUCAUACGAAACUAAUUUAGGUAUUUUUCACAAACUAUAUUGCGUGACUUCUCUCAAUGUUAAAGUCAGAUUGUUUAGUCAAUACUUUGGACACAGAAAGAAAUUAAAAUUCUCCACAUUCCACAGAGGAGAACAGAGGAGAGAGAUGGAAACAAGGAUGUAACCUGCUAUGUUUUUUUUUUUAGAACCCCGACCUCACGUCCUGCAUGCUGUUGUUGGCUAGGGGCUAGCCGUCCACUGACCAAAGGUUGACACUAAUAUCCAGAACACAGCAAUAUAUUGAGAAAAUACAGGCAGAGGACAUAGUCUCUGAAGAUAUAGACACUGCCACACACUUCCAGUGGGUGAUAUGUGAUGACUGAUAGGGAUAAUUUUUAUAUGAAUCUAGACCUUUUUUU